CACAUUUACUGAGAUGUACGGAGCAUACGCACUGACCACGCCAUCUUCCUCGCCGACGAACCGUGAGCUAGGGCUAUAAUUCUUACUGAUGAUCAGUUGGAAGGAAUGCCUAAAAGGAAGCGAAGUUUUUGUCGCAGGAGAAGGAGCGAGUCUGCUCCCGCUGUCCUCCUUACGUCAAGAAGGCAAAGUAAGCGUAAACAAUGGGCAGAUGAAGAGAUGGCUGCGGCAAUGAGUGCAGUUAGGAAUGGCAUGGCGAUUAAGCGGGCAGCAGAGGAGCACGGGGUGCCGCCUAGCACGCUACGGGAUCGGAUUAGUGGAAGAGUUGUGCAUGGUACUAAACCAGGGCCAAGACCUUACCUCAGUCUUGAUGAAGAGAAAGAACUUGGCAGUUUUCUUAAAUCUUGUGCCAAUUUAGGGUACGGGAAGACCAGGAGAGACGUAAUGCACAUUGUUCAGUCGGCAGUUGCUGAUAAAGGCUUGUUGAAGGGGACUAGGCUUUCAACGGGAUGGUGGAAAAGAUUUCUACAGCGCCAGCCUGACCUUUCUUUGCGACGCGGUGACUCCACCGCCCAUGUCCGUAUGGAUGCCGUCAAUGCCGACACAAUGAAGCAGUACUUUGCUUUGCUUAACGAUGUCAUGACCGAGUUUGACCUUCACUCAAAACCCUCUCAGAUUUACAAUGUUGAUGAGAGUGGCAUUCCGUUCGACCCUCGUGCUCCCAACAUUGUGACCACUAGGGGAACUAAAAAGGUCCGUUAUCGACAAUCUGGUAGGAAGGGGCAAGUAACUAUUGUGGGAUGUGCUAGUGCAUCUGGGCAUGCGCUCCCACCCAUGGUCAUCUUUGAUGCAAAACGACUAAAUGCUGCAUGGACCAUGGGUGAAUUCCCAGGGACGAAGUAUGGCCUCAGCGACAACGGGUGGAUUAACUCUGAUUUGUUUGAGGCAUGGUUGUGUGAGCACUUUGUUCCCCAUGCGGUUUCAGCCAGGCCUUUGCUGCUGAUACUGGACGGGCACAGCACUCAUUAUCAGCCCAAGCUGUUGCGGCUAGCCAAGGAACACGAUAUCAUCAUGCUAUGUCUCCCCCCACACACAACACAUGAGGCACAACCCCUAGAUUGUGGUGUUUUUGGGCCACUAAAGUCUCACUGGUCAAAUGUUUGUCACUCAUACUUGCAGCAAAACCCCGGGAGAGUCAUUACCCGUUUUCAGUUC